UCGAUGUCAAGUCACCCGCACCGCGUCACGACGAAGGUGGGCGUCGAGGUCGCCGGAGAGGGGCAGACCGUAUCUGAACCCGAUAACGAGCCAGCUGGCGGCAGUGCCGUCGUUUACGUGGAGGUACGACUUUCGUGAAAACUCGCUGCUGGUCGGUGCUGUGCCGGAUCGCUCCUGAAAGCAGGCCGAAUCCUGCCUCGGAGAACUGAAGCCGCAGGCGGCUCUAACCGCGCUACUAGUUCUGGAGCCGCGCUCUUCGAAGAACGACAGACUCCCGCGCGCGGAUACGCGCCAGAACAGAGGACAGGAGGGAAGAGCAAAAAGGAAAGGAGGAAAAUAAACAUGUCGUGAGCCCCCAGGUGACGUCCGAGAUGUAUACAAGCCGACCGAGUCGACGGUGCUCAUAGCGCGUGCGGCUUUCGAUCGGGCGAACCAAUGCCGUAGACGCUUCGUCGGCGUCAUCGUCGUCUUCUUGGUCGUGGCCGAGCGUGUAUAUAUGUGUGCGGUGUACGAUACACACGUGUAAUCGUGUCGUGCCUCUGGCUGCUCGCUCCUGACCUAUUCUACCUGAUUCAGGUGCCAGGAGCCUGGACCGAUCGCGAUGACUACGAGGGAACUCUACGUUAAGGGUGGCAGAGUAUGGGUGCCACAUCCGGAAAAGGUGUGGGAAGGCGCCGUGCUCCUGGACAACUAUAUACGGAAACAACCGUAUCUGAAGGUACUGACAGACGAGUCGAAUGAAACGAAAUCGUUGGAGAUUCGGUCGGACGCUGAUCUGCCACCGCUCCGGAAUCCCGACAUCCUAAUAGGAGAGAACAAUCUCACGUCGUUGUCGUUUCUUCACGAACCCGCCGUUCUCUACAAUCUUCAGGUUCGCUUUCAACGGCAUUCCAUCUAUACCUACUGCGGCAUCGUACUGGUGGCUUUUAACCCGUACAACGAAUUACCCAUCUACGGUAAUGACACAAUAUGGGCCUACAGGGGCCAGGCGAUGGGCGAUCUGGAACCCCAUAUAUUCGCGGUGGCGGAGGAAGCCUAUACGAAAUUGGAGAGGGAAAAUCACGAUCAGUCCAUCAUCGUUUCCGGCGAAUCUGGCGCUGGGAAAACCGUAUCCGCAAAAUAUACUAUGCGGUACUUCGCGACCGUCGGUGGAUCGGCGACGGAGACGCAAGUCGAGAAGAAGGUCUUAGCCUCGUCACCCAUCAUGGAGGCGAUCGGUAACGCAAAGACCACCAGAAACGACAACUCCUCCAGAUUCGGCAAGUUCAUCGAAAUACAGUUCAACAAAAACUAUCACAUCACCGGCGCCAGCAUGAGGACUUACCUGCUGGAGAAAUCGCGGGUGGUGUUUCAGGCGAACGAGGAACGAAACUAUCAUAUAUUCUAUCAAAUGUGCUCGGCGGCACGGCGCCUACCUCAGCUGCACCUGUAUGAUCAGGAGCGAUUUUACUAUCUCAAUCAGGGUAAUAACCCCAAGAUCGACGGUGUGGACGACCUCGCCUGCUUUGACGAAACGAUCACGGCACUGACCAUGCUCGGCUUCACGUCCAGGCAGCAGGACGACAUGCUGCGCAUACUGGCGGCCAUACUGCACCUGGGCAACGUGGAGAUAAGCAGCCGCGAGACCAAAGACGCGGACGGCGAGGUGGACACUGAGUCAAGCUACAUCUCGCUGUCGGACAGACACCUGCUCACCAUCUCCGAGCUGCUGGGCGUCGACGUGAGCGCGAUGCGAAAGUGGCUGUGCCAUCGCAAGAUCAUUUCGACCAGGGAGGUCUUCCUCAAGCCGAUGAACGUGGAGCAAGCAAAUGGCGCCCGGGACGCUCUGGCCAAGCACAUCUACGCCGAACUCUUCAACUGGAUCGUGGCUGGUAUCAACGACUCGUUGCAAUCGCAGCCGAGCCAGGCGCAAUACUUCAUCGGCGUGCUAGACAUCUACGGCUUCGAGACCUUCGAGGUGAACUCGUUUGAGCAAUUUUGCAUCAAUUACGCCAACGAGAAGCUGCAACAGCAAUUCAACCAACACGUCUUCAAGCUGGAGCAGGAGGAAUACCUGAAGGAGGACAUCGAGUGGACUUUCAUCGAUUUUUACGACAAUCAGCCGUGCAUCGACUUGAUCGAGACCAAGCUCGGUAUUCUGGACCUGUUGGACGAAGAGUGUCGGAUGCCAAAGGGCUCGGACGCUUCCUGGGCGGAGAAGUUGUACGCAAAGUGCGGCAAGUCGAAGCACUUUGAGAAACCGCGUUUCGGUGCCACCGCCUUCCUAAUCCAUCACUUUGCCGACCUCGUGCGCUACGAGAGCGUCGGCUUUCUCGAGAAGAACCGCGACACCGUGAUUGAGGAGCAGGUAGAUGUGCUAAGAUCUGGCGAGAACAAGCUGCUGAGGAAGCUGUUUAGCGACGACGAUCCCGGCACUACCAAGCUGGUAGUGCCGCACGGCCAGCGUGUGAAAGUCUCGGCGGCUCAAAGAAGCGCGCCGUCCAGCGAGCAGAACAAGCAAAACAAACAGAACAAGAAGACGGUCGGUUCGCAGUUUCGCGAUUCCCUCAACAAGCUGAUGGCUACGCUGAACGCCACGACACCGCAUUACGUACGUUGCAUCAAGCCGAACGACGCGAAGGAAGCCUUCGAGUACAGUCCAGUCCGAGCGGUGCAGCAACUGCGAGCAUGCGGCGUGCUCGAGACCAUCAGGAUCUCAGCUGCCGGCUUCCCGAGCCAGAGAACGUACAGCGACUUUUUCCAGAGGUAUCGCUGCCUCUGCCGAUUCAAAGAUAUACGGCGGGACGAUCUGAAGGAGACCUGCCGUCGCAUCCUAGCCAGAUACAUCAAUGACGAAGACAAGUUUAAAUUCGGCAAGACCAAGGUGCUUUUUAGAGCAGGACAGGUGGCUUACUUGGAGAAGUUGCGAGCGGAGAGGCAGAAGGACGCCUGCGUGAUGAUCCAGAAGACCGUACGCGGUCUCAUCUAUCGUAAAAGGUACGGAAAGAUACGCAGAUCGAUUCUUGGUCUGCAGAGAUACGGCAGGGGUUGCAUAGCACGACAGAAAGCGGAAGCGGUGAGGAGGGAGAGGGCUGCCGUCAAAAUUCAGGCGCGUGUAAAGGCCUGGCUGCAAAGGCGAUGGUAUAUGCGCGUCAAACGUGCGGUGCUUGCCAUUCAGACGCGCGGCAGGGGCAAUAUGGCUCGCGCCAGGUACAGGAUCAUGAAGGACCAUGCCGCUGCGACGGUGAUCCAGAGAUUCGCCCGUGGAUACCUUGUGAGAACGGCAUGCAAGAAGAGACUCCGAGACAUCACCAUUGUGCAGUCGUGCAUCAGAAAGUAUCAAGCGAAGAAGGUGUUCAGGCGGCUAAAAGCCGAAGCCAGGAGCGUCGAGCACGUCAAAUCGCUCAACAAGGGACUGGAAAUGAAGAUUAUCACGUUGCAGCAGAAGAUUGACGAGCUGGCUAAGGAGAAUCAGCUCUUGAAAAACGUUCAACACGAAAUGGUGGACCUCAAGUGUAAACUGGAUCUUUUGAAAUCCGUCGACGUCGAAAAUAAGAAACUGAACAUAGUGGUACAGGACAAGGAGAAAGAGUUAAACAACAUACGAGAUAUCUUGCAACAAGAGAAAGACGAGAAGAUGGAUUUGUUGCAAGAUAAGGAGAGAACUGCUCGACAAAAGGACGAGGAAAACAAGAAAUUGCAGGAGGACAAUGAGAGACUGCGCAAGGAACUCUCACUCGCGACCGAGAAACUCAAGAGCAACCAGCGCGGCGCCGAGGAGAAUCUAAAGUACCGGCUCGAGCAGGAGAAAGACUUGCUGUUGCUCGAGCAAGAUCAGGAUCGCGGAGCCUACCAGAGAUUGCUCAAGGACUAUCACGACUUGGAGCAACACGCGGAGAUACUGGAACAAAAGCUGGCGGUGCAUGUGCCUGGACAUUCGCGUUCAUUGAGCAACGCUUCCAGCAGCAGUGGUCAGAUCGUAUCCACGGAACUUCCGCAAGAUGACCAAAACGUCGAUUUCGGCUACGGUUCCGUGAGAUCGGCUUCCUCGUCGACACCAUACUCCCGAGUAGAGACCAUCGACUGGAAUCAACACCGUUCGGACAGUCCUCCAGAUGGAGAAGUCCAGUCGAACAAAUCACCCUCGGUGAUCGAGACGGCUGAUCCUGCGCAUGCACCCGUUGACAUCGGUCUUGUUCUCAAAUUGCAACAAAAAUUGAAAGACGUCGAGAAGGAGAAAAGCAGACUGAUCAGAAUGGUCGAGGAUCUGGAACGUGAUGGUGGCGAGGAGUCCAACAGAACACAGGAUUCGUUCAGGCUCCAAGAACUGGAAAUGGAGAAUGCGCAGCUCAAGAAAAACUUGAGCUCACUACGGAAGACUGUGUCGUUGUCGGCCAGCCCAGCAUCUGCGCAACAAAAUCUUAUGACGCAAUUUGAAGCGUUGCAAGAAGAACUGGAAAGAAGAAGAGAAGAAUGUAUUCAGCUGCAUAGCGUACUAGCUGACCAUACGCGCAGAAUGAAGAGCUUGGGUGCCAAUUACGGACGUGACGUGGACAUUAUAAACGAGGACGGCGAGCUGGUGCUUGCCUUCGAGGCGCAAAAGAAGAUCAAUAGUAAACUUAAGACAAACCAAAAGGCAUCGAGAGGAGAACAACUGGAGGAUGAACUGCAAGCCAAGGAGAAGGGUUGGCGAUCGCAAAGGGACGAAUGGAGAAACGAGAUAGACAGACUGCAGGAGGAGAUAGAGAGACAGCAGAAGCUGCUGUCCAUUAACUUGAGCAAAUCACCGCAAACUCAGGCGGAACUCUAUAUGCAACACGAGGUUGCCAGGCUAACGACCGAAAAUUUGGAUCUUCAAGAGAAAUACGAUAAAAUGGCGGAAGAAUGCCGGCGCUACAAGAAGCAAUGCAGAAUCCUGGCGAAACGGCUCAAAGAUGCUGGCUACGAAGGAGAUGACGUCAGGGAACGCCCGUACGUGUUAAGAGGCGCCGUGCCCAACGCGGUAGAAUACGCGAGUGGUUCCGGCGGAGCGGUUUCUACUACUUAUGGCGACGGUGCGAGUAACAUGCCCGUCAUUCGGAAGAAAGAAAGGGAUUACGAAGGAAUGUUCGAGUUCCGAAAGGAGGAUAUCAACGUGAUAAUACGUCAUCUAGUGUUCGACUUGAAACCCCGGAUAGCGGUGACGCUAUUGCCAGGCUUACCGGCCUACAUCCUUUUCAUGUGCAUCAGGCAUACGGAUUGCAUCAACGACGACGACAAGGUCCGGUCAUUACUGACCGAGUAUCUGAAUGUAGCAAAGCGCGUGAUAAAGAAACGCGACGACUUCGACACCAGGGUGCUCUGGCUGAGUAACACCCUGAGGCUGCUGCACAACAUGAAACAAUAUUCCGGCGACAAGCCGUUCCAGAUCGAGAACUCACCCAGACAGAACGAUCAGUGCCUGAGAAACUUCGAUCUCAGCGAGUAUCGCGUCGUGCUGAGUAACGUGGCGCUCUGGGCCUUUAACAACAUCGUGACGGGUCUCAAAGAGAGAAUUCAGCCCCUGACGGUGCCGGCGUUGCUCGAGCACGAAGCUAUAUCCGUUCCCCAGUCCGACAAAACCGGCCGACCCAGGUCAUCGUCCAUGGGCGGCGAACCGGACUCUACCCAGCAGAAGUUGGACAAGCUGCUCGACGAGCUGACAUCGGUACACAAAACCCUGCAAUAUCACGGCGUAGACCCCGAGAUCGUGAUGCAACUGUUCAAGCAACUCUUUUACUUCAUGUGCGCGAGCGCUCUCAACAACCUAUUGCUGAGGAACGAGCUCUGUCGAUGGACGAAAGGCAUGCAGAUAAGGUAUAACAUGAGUCAUCUGGAGCAAUGGGGCAGAGACCGAGAAUUGGAAGCUGCAUCGGAAGCAUUGCAGCCCAUCAUACAGGCGUCGCAGCUUCUACAGGCACGCAAGACGGACGAGGACGUCAAUUCUGUCUGCGAGAUGUGCAACAAAUUGACGGCCAACCAAAUAGUAAAAAUCUUAAAUCUAUACACGCCCGCGGACGACUAUGAGAGCAGAGUUCCUGUUUCGUUUAUCAAGAAAGUACAAGAGAAACUGAAGGAGCGCGGCGAGAACAACGAACAGCUGUUGAUGGAUCAAAAAUUCUCUUAUCCAGUAAGAUUCCCGUUCAACCCAUCAGACAUUCGACUAGAAGAUAUCGAAAUACCCGAGGUGCUUCAUUUGCCUAUGCUCAAGAAGGUAUAACGAGACCCCGAUUCCACCGUAUCGUCUUUAGUCGAAAAUUUCACUUUGGUUAUUCGCGAAUACCCAAACUCGCGCUUAGUCCUUUCAAAAUUGGAGAGAAACUUGCGAGAAAAAUUCUGCGAUAUCGAUCGAUUGGAAAGUUAGAUAUAGUUAGACGCAUCGAGCGAUAUACAUCACGUUUUAUACGUUUCUUUUUUACUCGGGUGAUUUGUAGCUUAUGAUGUGUCUCUCCGAAUCGCGCUCACGCGUUUCGAGUCAAUUCCGUUGCAUAGAUAAUUGAAUAAUCGCGCGAGAUGAUCGAGAAGGAGCGUAUUUUCCGUUAUUGUUAGUGUACAGCGUUGUACGUUGAAACGCGCGAAAAAGAGGAAGAGUGUGUCAAAGAGAGAGAGAGAGAGAGAGAGAGAGAGAGAGAGAGAGAGAGAGAGAGAGA